AUGUUUUGCCGCCUCAAGUCAACCCCACCCUCGCUCUUCUCUUCUCUGAAUUGCUCUUUCCACCCUUCCACCCGAUCUUUCUCAUCCUCAUCCGCCAUUAUGUCUAACACCAAGGCUUUCUUCGACGUUCAGUACGCCCCCGUUGGCUCCUCCACCCCCAAGAUUGGCCGUAUCAACUUCAACCUCUACGAGGCUGAUGUGCCCAAGACUGCCAAGAACUUCCGUGAGCUUUGCAAGCUUCCCCAGGGUCAGGGUUACAAGGGCUCUUCCUUCCACCGUGUUAUCCCUCAGUUCAUGCUCCAGGGUGGUGACUUCACCCGCGGUAACGGCACUGGUGGCCGCUCCAUCUACGGUGAGAAGUUCCCCGAUGAGAACUUCAAGUACAAGCACACCCGCCCCGGUCUGCUCUCCAUGGCCAACGCUGGCCCCAACACCAACGGCUCCCAGUUCUUCAUCACUACCGUUGUGACCUCUUGGCUCGAUGGCAAGCACGUCGUCUUCGGCGAGGUUGCCGACGAGGAGUCCAUGCAGGUUGUCAAGGAGAUCGAGUCCCUUGGCUCUUCCUCCGGCUCCCUCCGCUCCGCUGUCAAGCCCACUAUCGUCGAAUGUGGUGAGCUCUAA